UUUUUUUUUUUCAUUAUGAGCGAUGAUACCUCCAAGCCCGGCGGCUACGGGCAGAGCGGGCGGGCGCCAAAGAUCAAGAACAAGAAUGCGGCGGCGGUGCAAAUCACAGCCGAGCAGCUCAUGCGUGAAGCCUACGAGCGCCGCGAAUCCACCAGCAAAGCGCCACGGCAGAAGGUGCUCGAUGGCGAGGAGCUCAGCGACUACCAGAUGCGCCGACGGCGGGAAUUUGAAGACUCGCUGCGGCGCAACCGCAUCAAAAUUGGCGAAUGGCUUAGGUACGCGUCCUGGGAGGAGUCGCAGAAUGAAAUCGCGCGGGCCCGCAGCAUCUACGAGCGCGCGCUGAACGUCGACGGGCGCAACCAGACGGUGUUUAUUCGGUAUGCGGAGCUGGAAAUGAAACACAAGAAUGUCAAUUUGGCGCGCAAUCUGUUUGACCGCGCGGUUACGAUUUUGCCGCGCGUCGACCAGUUCUGGUACCGGUAUACGUACAUGGAGGAAGCGCUGGGGAACGCCCAGGGCGCGCGCGAGAUCUUCGACCGCUGGAUGCAGUGGGAGCCCGAGAUGGCUGCGUGGAAUGCCUAUGUCAAGUUUGAGCGCCGGUACGGCGAGACCGAGAGGGCGCGGGCGGUCCUGCAGAGAAUGGUGCAUGUGCAUCCGCAGCCGGAGGCGUGGCUGGCGUGGGCGCGGUUCGAGCAGGAGGCAGGGUCAGUGGAGAACACGCGUGACGUGUACUCGCAGGCAGUGGACCGGCUCAGCGACGAGUUCAUGGACCAGCAUGUAUUUAUUUCGUUUGCGAGGUUCGAAGCCUCUCAGCGCGAGUACGAGCGGGCGCGCGCCAUCUACAAAUACGCAUUGGAGCGGCUGCCCAAGGCCAAGUCCACGGCCCUGUACAACCAGUACGUGCUGUUUGAGAAGCAGCACGGCGACCGGGCCGAGAUCGAGUCGGUGGUGGUGACCAAGCGCCGCACGCAGUACGAGCAGAUGCUGAGAAGAGACGCGCGCGACUACGACACGUGGAUCGACUAUGUGCGGCUGGAGGAGCAGGCCGGGGAUGUGGAACGCACCCGUGACGUGUAUGAGCGUGCGAUCGCCCAGCACCCGACUGUGGCCGAUAAGCGGCUCUGGCGGCGGUACAUAUACCUGUGGCUGUUCUAUGCGCUGUUUGAGGAGACGCAGGCCGGGGACGUGGGGCGGGCGCGGGAGGUGUAUGCCACGUGCGUGGACCUCGUGCCCCACAAGCACUUCACAUUCGCCAAGCUCUGGCUGCAGUACGCGUGGUUCGAGGUGCGGCAGGAGAACCUGGGGGCGGCGCGGCGGGCGCUGGGCAGGGCGCUGGGCACGUGCCCGAAGCACCGGCUGUUCCGCGGCUACAUUGAGCUGGAGCUGGAGCUGCGCGAAUUCGACCGCGUCCGCACACUGUACGCCAAGUGCCUCGAGUUCGACAGCGCCCGCAGUGCCACGUGGAUCGAGUUUGCGCGGCUCGAGCAGGGAUUGGGCGAAACCGAGCGCAGCCGCGCGCUCCUGUCGCUGGCUGUCGAGCAGCCAAUGCUGGAUAUGCCCGAGGUCGUCUGGAAGGCGUUUAUUGACUUUGAGGUGUCGCAGCAGGAGCACGACAACGCACGGGCCCUGUACCACCGCCUAUUGUCAAUGACCGACCACGUCAAGGUGUGGGCCAGCUUGGCCGAUUUCGAGCUGCAGACCAAGGGGCUGGCUGAAGCGCAGCAGGUGUAUCAGCGCGGCAUUGCGCGGCUCAAGGCCCUGGAUAUGAAGGACGCUAGGGUUGCGCUGCUGGAGGCAUGGCGGGACGCGGAAGCGGAGCAUGGAGGAGAGCCUGCGAGCGUUGAGAAGCGAAUGCCCAAGCGCGUGCGCAAACGGCGCCAGGCCGCAGAUGGCACACUGGAGGAGUACUUUGACUAUGUGUUCCCGGAUGACGCGCAGGGCGCUGGGUUCAAGCUGCUGGCCAGGGCGCACCAGUGGAAGCAGAAGCAGGAGGAAGAGCAGUGACAGAGCCACUAGCGGUGUGCAGGUGGCGCCCCAACAGGCAACAAGCCAGGCAGCACAAUAGCUCAUAUACGGCCACAAUAUGAGCUUCCUAGAGUGUCAUGGCAGAGGUGGUGGGUGGGGAGGCCUUAUUUAUGUCUGCUCGACCUUUUUCUUCUUAUUUCCUUUCGGGCAG